AUGAACGUCCACGAGGGACUCAAACCUCACAUAUGUGGGGUCUGCGGAACCGGUUUUGCCAACUCAAUCACAUUAAGACUUCAUUUUCGAAGACACACUGGGGAACGGCCUUACAGGUGUACGAUUUGUAAUAAGACUUUCACUCAGAGUCACAGUCUUAAGGUUCACGUGAGACUUCACACCGGCGAAAAGCCUUAUACUUGCAGUAUUUGUGGAAAAUCGUUAAAAUCAGAAAUCAAGGAAAAUAAAAAUAGUUGCUUAAAAUGCGACAGUAGUUUUAGAUCCGCCAAAACAUUGUUCUCCCACGAAAAGAAAUGUACCGCCAAACUAAUAUCCGACGAUAGAAACAGUGAAUCUCAUAAGUUAUCUAGAAAAUGCAAAAAAUGCUUUGGGAUUUUUCAAUCUAUAACUGCCCUGAAGAGCCAUCAAGAGAAACUACAAAAAAACAAGAGCAAACCUAGACCUUACAGAAUACCCAGGCAAUGUCCAAAAUGCCCACAAGUUUUUAUGACCGUGAAGGCACUGAAAUCUCACCAAAAAAUACAUAAUGAAUUAGAAGUUCUCGAAGAGCACUCUUACAAUUACGACGAAUCUCUAGAUUUAUAUAUUUGUCAAACAUGCUCUGCGGAGUUCCAAAAAGUACACGAAGUAGAGAAACAUGUUCAGCUUCACGUGGAUCAAAGUUAUUGUUGCGUAAAAUGUCCGGAAAAGUUUAAAUUUCUUCGUGAUUUGUUUUACCAUAUGGAAAAUCAUCUGGUAAACGGUAAAAUUCCCUGCCCAAUGUGUUCAUUUAAAACCAAUAGCAAGAAUAAACUACUUCCUCAUCUAUACUCGAACCAUUUGCAAACGAAUGUGUGUCAGCAAUGUGGAAAAGUGUGUAGCAACCGUCCAAAUUUAUAUAAACACUUAAUACAGCACGACGAGAAUAAAAAACAAAGCUGCAUCGUGUGCUCGAGUGAGUUCUUUGGCGAAAGGGCAUUGGAACGACACCAAAUUAAUAUGCAUAAACCCGAAAUUAGAGGUGAUCCCUCGUUACUUUAUUGCUCUAUAUGCAGAACUGAAUUUAAAACCCUUAAUCUCUUUAAGUAUCACGUAGAGAAGGCACAUACAAAAACCGUUCCUAAAAAAGAUAUAGAGAGAAAUUUCUUAUGCGAUACUUGCGGGCGAGGUUUCAAAGAUGCGGAUAAUCUUAAGAAACAUAAAAUAUCCCACACAGAGAGCAGACCGUUUAUGUGUUUUCAAUGCGGAAAAGCAUUUAAACAGAAAUAUGUUUUGACUUAUCAUCAAAGAAUCCACACAGGGGAACGUCCUUAUAGUUGUGGUUAUUGUAAGAAGAGUUUUAGGCAGUGGACUCCUUACAAAGUUCAUUUAAGAGGUCAUACUGGUGAAAAGCCUUAUGUAUGUAAAAUUUGUAGUAAAGGAUUCACCACCAAUCAAGGAUUAAAACUUCACGUGAAAAAUUGUAUUGAUCCAAAAAACAACAUAGGAUCUUUUGUUUAGUUUAAACUAGUGAUAUGUACAAAUUUUAUAUCUAGCCUCUGUCUGACAACAGUAUUACGUAUAUUUUUUAUUAAUUAUUACUUCUAACUAAUUUAAAUUC